AUGAAACGUCCAGUUGACAUCAAUGAAUUGCUUGGAGUGAAGGCCGAUCGUGGACCCGCUUCAAACGGGGAAAAACCCAUGUUUUUGACCAAAAAAAGACGAGCUGAAGCAGCAGCAGAAGGAAGCCGUAAUGCAAGCACAAAUCAAGAGUCUGAGGACGUCAAGCGGCUCAGCUGGCGUAAGAAUGGGACCCAUUCUAUGGAGGAAUCAAAAGGGCCGAUCAAUGUUGGUCUAUCGGAUGGCCAAAAAAAUGAAAGAGAACGAGAAUCUCGGAGAAAAUUCAAUUUCGACUGGAGGCCGGAAGACGACACAACGCUGGGUUCUGAUCCUCUGGUCAAUUUGAAAGCAUCCAAACUUUUGAAAUCAAGGCCUGCUGCGAUAGAAGAUGUGUAUAUGGGCAAGCAUUGGACGCAAAAAUCGCUACAGGACAUGACCGAUCGAGACUGGCGUAUUUUGCGGGAGGACUUUCAUAUUGAGACAAAAGGGGGGUCGAUAAGACACCCACUUAGAAAUUGGAGUGAGACUGGCAUCAUCCCGUCAGACUUGUUGCAAAUUAUAGAGAGCAAGCUCAAUUACGUGGAACCCACGCCAAUCCAGAGAAUCACCAUUCCGAACGCAAUAGACAGACGUGAUUUUUUGGGUGUAGCUGUUACUGGUUCCGGUAAAACCUUGGCUUUUUUGAUUCCUUCGCUGUGCCAACUCAGCAACACGCCUCCGCUCAAUGAUAUCACGAAACUUGACGGUCCCUCUGUAUUGAUUUUAGCGCCCACCCGAGAACUUGCUCAGCAGAUUGAGGCAGAGGCUCAAAAGAUUGUGAAGCAUUGGACUCGUCAAACUAGUGUAGCGAGCAUCGUUGGAGGUCAUUCCAUAGAAGAAAUAUCCUACUCUUUGCAAAAUGGCUGCGAUAUCCUAGUGGCCACUCCAGGUCGUUUGAUCGACUGUUUGGAGUCUCAUAUGUUGGUUUUGAACAACGUACAAACGCUCGUUCUCGAUGAAGCAGAUCGUAUGAUUGAUCUAGGCCUUGAAGAUCAAGUGACGACCAUCCUUUCGAGGGCAGACUCUGGAGGUAGACGAAGACAGACUAUGAUGUUUACAGCAACCAUGUCAAAUUCGAUAGAGCGAAUAGCCAGUGGGUAUUUGGACAAACCAGCUCAUGUACGCGUCGGAGCCCAAGAAGCAAGCGGGAUUGUUAAGCAGGUGGUAGAUUUUAUUCCCAGUGAAGAGCAACGGUUCAUCAAGCUCUCAAAAGAGAUUCUUCCCGCGUUCGAGGCACCUAUCAUGAUCUUCAUCAAUUACAAACGAACUGCCGAUUGGCUGGCAAACAAGUUCGCUUCCGAAACCAAAUAUAGAGUAACAACAUUACACGGCUCAAAAUCUCAAGAUCAAAGAGAACAUUCUUUGAGCUUGCUUCGAAGUGGGAAGGCUGAUAUCAUGAUAGCGACUGAUGUAGCAGGAAGAGGUAUCGACAUCCCAAAUGUGUCGCUGGUUGUGAAUUUUCAAAUGUCCAAGAGUUUUGAGAAUUACAUCCACCGCAUAGGUAGAACGGGUAGAGCGGGAAAAAGUGGCUGCUCUAUAACAUUUCUCGGUGACGGCGAUGACCCCAAAAUAGUUGAGGAGCUUUGGAAUCAUGUCAAAGAUACCAAUGUCAAUAACGUCAAUGACCUGAAAUCUUCUGUGCGAAAAAAGUUCAACUUUAGUGACAACCAUUUGAAGCCCAUUCUUUUUUAA